CCUUUUAUGCAUCUUUCCCUAUUUCCCAUGCAUUAAUUCAUCUAACAAAAACACGGAAACGCAGUUUGCAGUGAGCUGACUUACCUUUUUUUUUUAUUGGUUGUGUUUGUAGUUUGUCUCUCUUCCUUCUUCACUGCGAGUUCCAAUGGAGAUUUCUCAAUGGAUUUACUUCAAUCUUCUGUUCUCUUCCAUGUUAAUUGCAGUGGUAAUAGCUGCUGAUCCUUAUUCAGAUGCUCUAUUGAGCUUAAAAUCAGAGAUUGAUGAUUAUAACAGUCUGGAUGAUUGGUUAGUUCCCCCUGGAGGAAAUCCUUCAGGGAAAGUGUAUGCAUGUUCCUGGUCUGGUGUCAAAUGCAACAAGAAUUCAACCAUUGUUAUUGGUUUAAACCUUAGUAUGAAGAAUCUUGCUGGUGAAUUACCUGGAAAGCAAUUCAGUGUCUUCACCGAGCUUGUUGAUCUCAACAUCAGUCAAAACUCAUUCUCCGGAGAACUUCCUGUUGAAAUCUUCAAUCUCACCAGUCUAAGAAGCUUAGAUAUCAGCAGAAACAAUUUUUCUGGCCACUUCCCAGGAGGAAUCUCCGGUCUUAGGAACCUGGUUGUUCUUGAUGCUUUUAGCAACAGUUUCUCAGGGCCGUUGCCUGUUGAGCUUUCCGAGCUUGAAUUUCUCAAGAUUCUCAAUUUAGCUGGCAGUUACUUCAAUGGACCAAUCCCUUUAGCGUAUGGGUCUUUCAAGAGCCUGGAAUUUCUUCACUUAGCAGGAAAUUUCCUCACUGGAAACAUACCACCUGAACUGGGAAAUCUCAAAACAGUGACGCAUAUGGAGAUUGGCUACAACUCUUAUGAAGGAAAUAUCCCAUGGCAGUUGGGCAACAUGAGUGAGCUUCAGUACCUUGAUAUUGCCGGAGCAAAUCUCUCUGGCUCAAUACCCAAGCAUCUCUCCAAUCUUACCAAGCUUCAGUCACUUUUUCUCUUCAUGAACCAUCUCACUGGAUUGAUUCCAUGGGAGUUUAGCAGAAUCGUGCCACUUACCAACUUGGAUCUCUCCGAUAACUUAAUUUCUGGGCCUAUUCCUGAGAGCUUUUCAGAAUUGAAGAAUCUAAGACUGCUCAGUCUUAUGUACAAUGAAAUGAAUGGCACUGUCCCAGAAGACAUAGCAGAUCUUCCAUCACUGGAUACCCUGUUUAUAUGGAACAAUUACUUCACUGGGUCACUUCCACGAAACUUGGGCAGGAACUCAAAGCUUAGAUGGUUAGAUGUUUCAACCAACAGUUUCAUUGGCAGCAUUCCACCUGAUAUUUGUGCAGGUGGUGAGCUAUAUAAAUUAAUCCUGUUUUCGAACGAGUUUACGGGCACUCUUUCACCUCUAUCCAAUUGUUCUUCGCUUGUUCGCAUUCGACUUGAGGAUAAUUCAUUCUCGGGUGAAAUCCCUUUUAGGUUUAAUCAUCUUCCUGAUAUCACAUAUAUAGACCUUUCCAGGAACAGGUUUGCUGGCGGAAUUCCCUCAGAUAUUUCUCAAGCUUCAGAGCUUCAGUAUUUCAAUAUCUCUAAUAAUCCAGAACUAGGGGGAAUGAUCCCAGCACAAACAUGGUCCUUGCCACUUCUUCAAAAUUUCUCUGCAUCAUCUUGUAACAUCUCAGGGAACCUACCUCCGUUCAGAUCGUGCAAAUCCCUUCUUGUUGUUGAAUUGCAGAUGAACAAUAUGUCAGGAGCUGUCCCAAAAAGUAUUUCCAAUUGCCAGGCGCUUGCGAUGAUUAAUUUAGCUAUGAAUAAGUUAAUUGGUCAUAUACCUCAGGAGCUUGCUAGUCUUCCUGCUCUAGGUGUUGUGGAUUUGUCACGUAACAAUUUCAGCGGUCCAAUACCUGCAGAGUUUGGCAAGUCUUCAAGCUUAGUACUUCUAAAUGUAUCAUUCAAUGAAAUCUCCGGUGCCAUUCCCUCAGAAAAGAGGUUGCAAUCAAUGGGCCGAAGUGCAUAUGUUGGAAAUCCAGAGCUCUGUGGAGCACCUCUUAAAUCAUGUUCAGGUUCAAUGGCAAUCUUGGGAAGCAAAGGCAGGGGAAAGCUCAGAUUAGUUCUGUUGCUCUGUGCAGGAGCAGUCAUAUUCAUUGCAGCAUCAGUUUUCUGGCUAAUUUAUCUCCGCAAAGGAAGCAAAGGCCAAUGGAGAAUGGACUCGUUUAUUGGACUCCCACAGUUUACAGCAAAUGACGUUUUGAGAAGCUUCAAUUCCACUGAUUCCAUGGAGGAAUUGCCACCGCUAUCAGCUGCAGUUUGCAAAGCAGUGCUGCCCACUGGAAUAACAGUUUUGGUGAAAAAGAUUGAAUGGGAUGCAAAGAGAAUGAAGGGUGCCUCAGAAUUUAUAACACAAAUGGGAAAUGCAAGGCACAAGAAUUUGAUCAGAUUACUUGGUUUCUGCUACAAUAAGCAUUUGGCUUAUCUGCUGUAUGAUUACUUGCCUAACGGAAAUUUGACCGAGAAGGUGAGAAUGCGAAGAGAUUGGGCGACCAAGUACAGAAUUAUAAUUGGUAUUGCAAAGGGACUUUGCUUCCUUCACCAUGACUGUAAUCCUGCAAUUUCUCAUGGAGAUUUGAAGUCAAAUAAUGUUGUCUUUGAUGAUAAUUUGGAACCCCGCCUAGCUGAUUUUGGGUUCAAGUAUCUGAUACGGUUGAUCAAAGGUACUGUUCCAGCAACAACUUCCAGAAUGGGAACAGGUCAAUCCAACGAUGCAAUCAAGGAGGAACUAUACAUGGACAUAUACAACUUUGGGGAGAUCAUUCUGGAAGUAUUAACUAAUGGUAGGCUGACAAAUGCUGGAGCAAGCAUACAGAGUAAACCGAAGGAUGUUCUUUUGAGAGAAGUAUACAAUGACAGUGAAGCUGGUUCCACUAAUUCACUGCAAGAGGAAGUAAAACUGGUUCUCGAUGUUGCUAUGCUCUGCACCAGAAGCAGGCCAGCUGAUCGACCAUCCAUGGAAGAAGCAUUGAAGCUUCUAUCAGGAUUGAAGCCGCAAGGUAAAUAAUAGCACUAUUGAAGCAGGAGAGUUGUGAUAUUAGCUUUCACCAUUACAGUGGAAGGACCCCAACAGAUACAUAUGUAGUAGUAAAUAGUUUUUGAUGAAAAUAUUUGUAUUUUGAUUUGGUUGUUAGCUUGUUUAUAUAAUCUCUAUAGUGUUUUUCUACUUAAAAUUCUUAUGAUAGGGACAGAGCAACUGAUAUCAUCUUGUUCCUUAUACAAUGUAAAAUGUGGAAGUUUGAAUUUGAUCAUAUAUUAUUUCAAUUUGACA